CCAUCUCUCUAGCUCUCGAAUCAUCUCUCUCGAGGGCAAAGCCAUGGCGUUCUUCAAAGGACUCCUCCUGCUUUUCGUUGCAUUGACCAUGGUUUUGUCUCUCUCCAUCACUCUGAAUAAUAAACAACCAAGUUCUUUGUCAUCAUCAUCAUUUCAGACCAACGAUGUUCAUGACAGCAACAAAAUGGACUUGGCCUUACCUUCCAAGAGGGUGAGCAGGUUCCUGGUGGCGAACAACCCGGUGUCGGUGGCGGCGAGGAACCCUAACGCUGCAGAUCACUGCAAGAAGGACAACGAGAUCUGCUACUUGUUAGAACCAGGCAAGAAUUCGACGUGCUGCAGCAACAAGUGCGUGGACUUGCAAUAUGACGACAAGAAUUGUGGAGCGUGCAAGAACAAGUGUAAGUUCACUCAAACUUGUUGCAGAGGACAAUGUGUUGAAUUGUCUUUUGAUAAGAGACAUUGUGGAGCCUGCAACCACAGGUGUGAGCUCGGUGAAUUCUGUGUCUAUGGCAUGUGCAAUUAUGCCUAGUCUAUUAUUCUUCAUCAUGGAUUAAUUUUAAUUAUAUUGUUCGAGGUUAUACAUACAAUAAAGGGAAGCCAGAUUUAAUUUGGUGGUUCAUUAAAUAUCUUAUAUAUACACACACACCAAGACAUAUAUAUAUAUACGGUUAUUGUUAUUGCCAUAUUUAUAAUUACGUGCUUUUGCUUUUCUAAAGAACAAUAAUAAUAUUAUUGGGAUUAUUAUGUAUCAAGGAUAUUGACAGAAUUACGGGCCUGUGCUAGUGUGAUUCUUUUUUGUUUACCAUCAGUUUGGUUUUGUAUAAUUAAGGCGAGAUGUAUAUUUGUGUUUCA